GCAACGCAUCGACAUUUUCCACCGUCUCUUGCACCGAUACCUUUUGUUAGCGGCCGCUGCAGUUGUUCUUGUCUUUUGCUUCCUUUGUUUCCCAUCACCACGUCUUCGACAGCCGCGCUUUUCUUUGCUUUUUUUGACCGCCUUCUCAGCCACGCCUCACUCGCCCACCCCAGGCGCACCGAUUCCCCGCAGCUCACCUUCGAGGGCCAACUGGUUUUGCGUUGCUACUCGCCGCCCUUGUCGAAACAUAGCAUCGUUUCGUCGCUACCUCUGCAAAGCAUUCGUUUGCGUUGCUCACAAAAUCAACAGGAGCACAGUUGAUCUUCCGUAUAGGAUUUUUUUUUUUUUUUUGGAAACUUGCACGCGCAUCUACCAAAGCUCGUGCUGCUCACAACCAACCGCACAGGCAAAUCGCAGCCUCGUCCUCCAGAGCAACCCAACUUCGCCGCCCUCACCACCACCAACACACUCCCCCCGGCGAAUUAAGAUCGCUCGAGGCUCACAAAUUUACGAUUAUUCCAGAAUCAUACUAAGCCCGCAAGAUGGCGCAAAAUAGCGUCUACUCUUCGGGCCAGUUUAUGAACCCGGGCCCUGCCCCCCGCCCACCCACGGACAAGCCUCGACUCAACCUCAUACCGAAUGCCAAUCUUCCAGGAAACAUGGCCAAUAUGGCCAUUUCGCCUAUCCGCAGCACUGCCAGCUCGACCUACACUGGCUCCACCAUCUCCUUGCCCAUUGCCCGUCAGCAAACAAGCGGCUCCGACGGUAAAGGCGGGGUCGCCAUCAAGAAGGAAGGCUGGGCCAGCGUGCGCGAGAAUAAAACCUUUAUCCAGCCCUGGAAGCAAAAGUAUCUCAUUCUCCGCAAGGAGUCCCUCGACUUCCACAAGACCGAGGGCGGGAAAAUCUCAUAUACCCUCUACUUGAAGGAUGUCGUCAAUGUUGGCCGUGCGGAGGCCGCCGGUGUCAUCUUUGAAGUCAAGCGUAAAUCUGACGGUAUUUCCAACAGCCCUGGUGAUGACGAUGGUCAGAACAAGACGUUGCAAAUUAAAGUAAAGACAGAUGAUGAGCUGUACGAUUGGAUUGACAUGAUUUAUGGCGCCUGCCCUAGCAUGGGUGGCGUGAGCAACCCAACCAACUUUUCCCAUGCCGUACACGUCGGCUUCGAUUCACAGACCGGCCAGUUUGUCGGACUGCCGCCUGAGUGGUCAAAGCUGCUCAACUCUUCAGCUAUUACCAAAGAAGAUUAUGAGCGCAACCCCCAGGCCGUGUUUGAGGUUCUUGACUUCUACACAGAUCUUGCCAAGCGCGCCGAGAACCCGAACCAAUACCCCAGCUUGACGCCCACUCCCCCUCCAGCCAGCCAGGCACAGAAGCAGAUUGGCCACAGCGGUGCCGGCGUUGCCCCUCCUCGACCUCCUCACCCCAGCCAAGUACCACGGAACCAAAACUACCCCAGUCCAUCACAGUCUUCCAACCAGCGACAUCUCGAUCCUCGCCAGCAAGGCCAACAGCCUCCCUCCUCGCCCGGUUACAUGUCCCAGGAUGCCAUGCGUGAGGAGCAGCGACGGAAGCAACGUGAAGCAGAUGAGAGACGCGAGAUUGAAGAGUAUAAUGCUUCGCUACCUAAGUCCAAGGUUCCUCUUUCCAAACAGGAAAUGGGUGGUUUUGGAGGCGCUUCUGGAGGCGGAAAUGGUGCUAGCAGUGGCGGUAGUGGCAACACACCUCCUGGUAACCACCAAGAGCGCUUCAACCCUGUGAGAACAGCGCCAUCAGCACCCAAGCCGCAACAGCAACAGCAGCAAGGCGGCCAAUUGCGGGCGCAGCGCGCUGCUCCUGCGCCACCUGGUUCUGGAGGUACUGGAAGAGUACCCGUGAACCCUCAACAGAGCUCCAGUUCCAGCAGAGAACAUGGCCAGGCUCCUCGCGCACCUCGCGCAGAUCCUCAUGGAGCCCCAUCUUCAAGCGCUCAGCGCUAUCCCAAUGGCUCUGGACAGUCUCAGCCUCGCCAGCCCCAAGCCCAGCCUCAGAGCGCUACCCGUGGUCCCGCCCCUGUGAAGCCUUUGAACGUUGGUUCCAAGCCCAGCCAGCAGCAAUCUGCUGGUGUCAAGGCUGCUGAAGCGGCAUUGACUGCCAAGCCUUCCGCCUCGGAGAGAAAGCAAGAUGUUCGUAUGUCUACAAUGACAGAGAGCGAGGUUAUGGCCAAGCUCAAGGAGGCCGUUUCAAAGGAAGAUCCCAACCUGUCGUACUCGAAGCAGAAGAAGAUCGGACAGGGUGCCUCUGGUUCCGUUUACGUUGCUAAGAUCAAGGAAACCGCCCAGGGCGUCGCCCGCGAAGUCCUUCGCCAGCAAGGUCCUCGUGCUCAAGUAGCCAUUAAGCAGAUGGAUCUGGCUCACCAGCCGAGAAAGGAACUCAUUGUUAACGAGAUCAUGGUCAUGAAGGACAGCCGUCACAGAAACAUUGUCAACUUCUUGGAUGCCUUCCUGCGCAACAACAACACGGAGCUCUGGGUGGUCAUGGAAUACAUGGAGGGUGGUGCCUUGACAGACGUCAUUGACAACAACCCCUCUAUUUCGGAAGAGCAAAUCGCCACAAUCUGCCACGAGACUUGCCGCGGUCUGCAGCACCUGCACGCCCAGCAAAUUAUCCAUAGAGAUAUCAAGAGUGACAAUGUGUUGCUUGACGCCCGUGGUAACGUCAAGAUUACUGACUUUGGCUUCUGCGCCAAGCUUACCGAGACGAAAUCGAAGCGAGCAACAAUGGUCGGCACCCCGUACUGGAUGGCUCCCGAAGUUGUCAAGCAAAAGGAAUACGGCCCCAAGGUUGACAUUUGGUCUUUGGGUAUCAUGGCUAUUGAGAUGAUUGAGUCUGAGCCACCAUACCUCAACGAAGAGCCUCUCAAGGCGCUCUACCUGAUUGCUACCAACGGUACCCCACGCCUCAAGAAGCCAGAGAAGCUGAGCAAAGAGCUCAAGGCCUUCCUCUCGGUUUGCUUGUGUGUGGAUAUCAAGAGCCGUGCCUCGGCCGAUGAACUUUUAGCACACGACUUCUUGAAGCACGGAUGCCCUCUUGGCAGCCUGGCGGACUUGCUUGCCUUUAAGAAGCAUGCUAAAUAAAGGAUUGCGCACCCAAACGGUUAUUACCCUGGCAGCAGCUGAAGAACUCUUUUUUGGAUUUUCUAGUCGGAAGAAGCAGCAGCAAACUCUAAUACAGGCUGCCUAUGAAAAGGGUGGAUGAUGAAGCAGCAUAUGGCGUUUAGGAUGGGAUUUGAUACUCAUUGCUUAUUGUUAAUUGUUUUCGCAUCUUUGGUAUUUUGUGGUGCUUUUACUGUACAGCGAUUUACGCACCUGCACAGCAUUUGCCCAUACAAACGAAGGCUCCCCCGAUGAAACAGAUUGACGAGAACGGGACGCAUACACGAUUGGGCGGGUGGUGAUUAUAGUACUAGCCAGGGGGACAGGCGGGGAAAGCUGCCUUUGUUCCCCGUAGAAUCACGACAUAUCAUAGCUAUAGAAGAGAAUGCAGCCAAUUUAAAGAAAAAAGAAAAACCACCCAAUUAGAAUGAUUGGUACGGAGACUUGGGAUGAGUGACAAGCGCUGGUGCGUGCAUAAACCCGAGAGGCUGGCAAAGCGGCAGAUGUCGUCGCGAAUAGCAUUUCAACGGGGGAGCAAAGGUUGUUUCAAAGGGAUCUCACCAGUAUGCGUUGACGGCUACCAUUGGAGAAAUUGGGGGAUGGGCCAUUCUGCGUGGCCGUUUCAGAUUCAUCGGGCUUGACGUAUUGUUCUGGAAGUGAUUGGCGAGAUGGAAGAGGCUGGAAGAGGGGUACUCUACUUGGGAACAGUUUCAUUAGAGGGGGGGGCGCCUAAAGUGUGUGCGUCUGGAUUCGGUAUACUCGUGCUGGAGUGUUAGUGAAGCUACUGCAGGGGUACAUGGCUUCUUCCUGGCCCAGCG